AUGAGGUUUAUCGGGUAUUUUACUCUUAUCGGACAAAUUCAAGUUCAAUUGAAUUUGUUCAAUAUCGAUAAUCAUCCAGAUAAGUUUUGUCUUUUACAUUAUAUACGUGAAGAUAUUUUUAUGGAUACAACUGAGUAUGUACUUUCACAUCAAAUCAUUCCGUAUUGUCUUCGAUCAUCUGAAGGAAAUAUUCCAGAUCUGAAUUUGGAUUAUAUCAAUAACGAUGAUCCCGCUUUGACUUUUCUGCAAUUAAAAGAGCAAAAUAUAACGAGUGAACAACUACUUUCUUGGUCAAUUUCGAUUGAUUUAGCUGAGCGUUAUGAAAUGUUUUUAAAUGACAUUUCUAAUUCAUCAAUCGAUCGAGAAAUGUUAUUCUAUAAUUGUACAUUUCCAUCAUUCGGACCUCUUUGUCGUUUCAUCAUCGAAAGAGAUGACAAAGCAUCUUUUGAUGACAUUGUUGAAUUGCACUUUGGAAGCAAAUCUGAAACGAGAGAAUCAAGUAACACAACAUGUUAUGUGCAUCUCAAAUGUGAAACAUCAUCGGUAUGUUUGGACUGGCGUGAGAUUUGUGAUAAAAAAAUCCAUUGUAUCGAUGGAUCGGACGAAAUUGAUUGUUGGCAACUUGAAUUAAACGAAUGUACAGUAGACGAAUAUCGUUGCCAUAAUGGACAAUGUAUUCCAAAAGAAUUUUUUCACGAUGUUAUAAUCAAUCCCGAUUGUUUAGAUCAAAGCGAUGAAGGUUUUCUCGAUCGAACCUCGGAUUGCUUUGUGAACCCGUUGUUUCGUUGUGAAGAACAUACGUGUCAACCAGGAAGAGAAGAUUUCCCAUGUGGUGAUGGACAGUGUACAGUUGGGAUAUAUGGACAACGUGGAUGUAAGAAUGGUCGCGAUAGGUUUUCCGCCACAGAUCGUUGUUCACUUGCCACAGCGUGUCUUAUGCGCAUUUACACUGACUUUGUUGACAAAUGGUGCGAUGAAUUUUGUCCAAAUAAUGAUUGUGUUACGAGAGAUUGUUCGGCAUUGUAUGAAUUUUCCUAUGGUCCUAUUUUUGCUGAAUACGCACGAUUCUUGUUCGUGAAUAAAGACUGGCAAAUUGGACCGUAUAAUAUUCUUCUACCGCAUUACAUUUGCUACAAUGAGAUGCGUUUACCAAAUUUUCGUCCAGCUAAAGAAUAUUUGAACAAUACGAAUUGUCGCCGUUUAGAUGUUAAAGAAGUCGAUGAAUACUGGCACAAUUCACCGAUGACUUUCCCAGAAAGUCUUCGACAUUUAUUUCGUGCAUACUUCGUUGGAUUGAAUGAAACACAUCAUUGCAAUCAUUUGACAAUGUAUCAAUGUAAAAACUCGAUCAAAUGCAUUUCAGUACAUCGUCUGCGUGAUGGAAUUCAAGAUUGUCCUUUGAAUGAUGAUGAGACAUUCAAUCGGAGUUGCUCGCUUGUCGAUGCUCAUCGUCGCUUUGCUUGUUUAGUUAAUGGAAGCAAAGUUUGUUUUGCACCAUUUGCUAUUGAUAAUACAUUCUCUGAUUGUACCGGAGGAGAAGAUGAAUUUAACGAGAAUGAAGAGUUGUUACAAAAGCAGAUCUAUUUCCAAAAACUUUGCGAUGGAAUUGAAGAAUUAGUACCCGUUCUAAUCGAUGACAAUUAUGAAACCGAUGAAACAAAUUGUAAUAGUUGGUUAUGUAAUAAUACAUACACACGAUGUGAUCGGUUUUGGUCAUGUAAAAAUGGAGCUGAUGAAGUGAAUUGUCCACCUUCGACUUGUCCUAUUUUCCAACAUCGAUGUGUCUUUCCUAAUGAUACAUCAAAAAUAUCCUGUUUACCAAUCUCUCAAGCAGAUGAUGGAAUUAUUGACUGUCUUGGUGCGUCAGAUGAACCAAGUCAUUGUCGAUCAGUUGAUUCAGUUCCCUCGAGAUUUCGUUUCAGUUGUUCAAAUUAUUCAGAUUGUCUGGUAGAAACCGAUCUUUGUAACAAUUACACCGAUUGUCCGUUCCAUGAUGACGAAGUAUUCUGCACGACAUAUGACUUAUAUACAUAUCAUAUAUGUCAUCCUAGUCAAGGUUCAAUGCAAACAGAUGUUGAAAAUUUUCUUUGCAGUCUCAUCGAUCCGUUCGAGUCAUUGGAAAAUCGACUCAUCUUCUUUCAAUUAAAAAAUAUACCAACUUAUCUUGUAGAAAUAACUACAGAUAUUGAGCUCUUCGAAUUGCCAAAUCCAACAGAAAUACCAUCGAUUCGAAGGACACCGACAAUCAAAACAGAAGCUAAUCAAGACUGGUAUUGUAAUCGCGGAAUUCCUUUACAAAUCCGGAUGACAAAUGAAACAAACGAAUUACAUUGUCUUUGUCCACCGAGUUAUUACGGAAGUCAAUGUCAAUAUCAAAAUCAACGAGUUAGCCUGACAAUUCAAAUACGCGCAACAUCCGACUGGAAUCAUUUAUUCACAUUUCUAAUUCUCUUAAUCGAUAACGAAGGAAAUAUUGAAUCACACGAUUUUAUUGAAUAUUUACCNGAACAUAAUAAGAUGAAUACUUCGAAGAAAGAUUAG